CUGGCGCCGGUUGGCAGCCGGUAUUUUUUGCUUCCUUGCUUGCAGGCAAACCGGAAGGGAGAUCAGCAUCAUCGCGUCGCCUGCUUCUUGCUUGUUGUGGUGGCAUUGUUGCUGGAGCUGGCUGGAAAUCAAAGAACGAGGGAGUAUAGCGCGCACACACAAGCACACAAGCACACACACGCACACAUAAGCACAAGCCAGACACACAUCACACAAGCACGCAAGCACACAAGCACACAGGCCAUGCCGAAGCACAGUACGAGCAGCAGCACGGCGACCGCCGCCACGCAACGGUCAUCAGACAGGGACGCCAUUCGCCGCUUGUCAGAGGAGAGGCGAGUGGAGCUGAUGCAUGCGGUGCGCGAUGGUCGGGUCACCGUGGACUCCGCUACGCAGGAAAUCUACGCGUCAAGCAGCUCGAGCUCGUCCCCUCACCUGCGGCAACGGGUGGACUUGGACGAGCUGCAGCACAUGGGCGAUUGGGCCCAGUUGGACACCUUUGAGUGGGACGCCACCGACAUCACCCUCAGCACAGACGAGGGCCUGCGCUGGCUGCAAUCCCUCGGCAUCGUCUCCCACAAGUACCGAGUGGAGGACCUGUCCGCAACGCAGAAGGAUGCAGUGAACCGACUGCUGACAAAGCUGCACCAGAAACACCAGCCGUUUGCGGACCCGUCGCUCACCGCUGUUGCCAUCGAAAAAGAUGAAACAAUCAAGGAAAACGUGCAGGAGGUCAUGAACCUGCUGCCGCCAAAAGAUCACCAGCGUCAGCACGAGGAGCAAGCGCGGUCCUCAGACUCGGACUCACACGAAGGCGACGGCGCUUUCAGUGACACACAGCACUCGCCCCGACGUCCAAAACACAAAGUCACGCCGCAGAAGAUUGCGGAUGUGACACAGCGGCUGAGCAUGGCGUGGGCGCACGCGCUCGAGUCCAAGCGCGCCAACAAGCAGCUGGAGAAGGAAACCGCCACGCUUCUGCUCAUGUCCCGCGCCCGUCUCCAGGCAGAGAUUAUCGCGCUGAGACGCGAGAACGAGGCCUUAAGAGCACAGGUGGAGCCAUCGCAGGUGAUGCAGGCGCUGCAGGCCGAGAAGGCCCUCACGGCUGAGCUGCAGGAACUGCUGGACCAGCGCGAUUCCGAAAUCAUGUACCUGUCCCACGAGCUGAGCUUGAAGAACGAUGAGCUGGCGGUGCUGCGCUCGGCGCGUGACCUGUCCUCGUCGUGGUAUGACAGCCGUCGCUCGUCGCGCCGUCCAUCUGCGCAGACAUCCAUGAUUAGCGGCCCCGUGUCAAGGAAUGCAACGCCAGAGAAGCGACAGAGCGGCCACCACGCGCUGCUGAGCCGACGCGAGCGACUGGACGACCUUCUGGACAAACACGGCGUUCCCCGCACAGGGCGCAGGGACAUGUGGGCUGGCGCCACGAAGGCUGCAGAAAAGGAGAAGGCGAGGGAGGAGAGGCACCGCCGGCUGGAAGUCAACAACGGAUCCCCUCUGCCGUCGCAGUUUGUCAUUUGAAGCUCGUGCGCGCGGUUGCGUGGGAAGGGGAGGUGGUGCGAUGCAAUGCAGACGUCGCGUGGUUUGUGGUGUUAAAUGCUGCUGCUGCUGUUGUUGUUCAUAUUGUUGGUUGUGGGAGGAAGGAAGGAGUAAAAGAAUCGUACUGCGCA